GGGAAAACUACGAACAUGCCCAAAAGAGUGGACGCCGACGGGCAUGAGAUGAGCGGAGAAGCCGAGUACUAUUCCAAGGACUUCGAAUGGGACCAACUGAGGCUCGAGAUCGAAAGCGAUCCGUCUCUUCGCCACCACUGUCUACCUCCUGAAGUCGACGAUGGCCGUACCAAUCCCUCUGCCACUGAGUAUUUUUCUGGGUCCGAGUCGUCGGCUUCCCGAGAUUCGGAUGCGUGGAACGACUUUCACGCCCGUCACUCCACGGGAAAAUUCUUCAAGGAAAGACGAUAUUUGUUAAAGGAAUUUCCUGAACUACUAUCUUGUGAUGAACACUCAAAGCUUUUGGAAGUGGGAUGUGGUAAUGGAAGUACCAUUUUACCAAUAUUACGUGGCAAAGGGAGUAUCAACGUAUAUGCUUGCGAUUGUAGCAUUGAGGCUCUUAAAAGGGUUGAAGAGGUGAUAGAUGAGGCUGGUUUAGCCUCCUUGAAACACCGUUUCCAUCCAUUCACUUGUGAUUUUUCUAUUUGCGGGUUUCCCAAAUGGUUGGCUUGUGACUCCUGCAGGGGAGUUUUCCUGAAAAAGCAGGAAACUUACCUUUCAGACACUAACAACAAGGGAAGGGAAGGCUUAAAUGAUUUUUCCUAUUUGUCAGAAAAGAAAUGCUGCCAUGGUGGGGUAGAUUUUGUUACUUUGAUUUUCACACUAUCAGCAGUACCACGCCAUAGGAUGCCAACAGCAAUUUCUGCAUGUUUCUCCAUAUUAAAACCUGGCGGCCUACUUCUAUUCAGGGAUUAUGGUCUCUAUGACAUGACUAUGCUUCGGUUUGGGCCCGAAAGGAAGGUGGGAUUCAGGGAGUACAUGAGAUCUGAUGGAACUCGAUCUUACUUCUUCUGUUUGGAUUCUGUGAGGGAUCUCUUUGUGCAUGCAGGUUUCAUCGAGCUUGAGCUUGAAUAUUGCUGCAUCAAGUCAGUGAAUCGUCGGAACGGAAAAAUCAUGCGGAGGAUAUGGGUACAUGGAAAGUUCCAGAAGCCCACAUGAAGCUGCCCUGCAGCUGCAAGUUUCUCCCAGUAUUGGGCUCCAUGUCUCUUUAUCUCUCCCUAUAUGGGUCGGUUUAUAUAAAUUUUAGCUCGUUGGGUUUCGGAUAAAUUUGUGGAAGAAAAAGUUAACUGUAUCUGUUUCAUGACUUGAAAUGUUGAGAAAUGAAUUAGAAUUUAAGAAAAUGGCAAGAAUUGUUUGUUCAGUGUC